AACAAAGGUUAACACUCACACCAUUCUUUGAAAGGCUCGCUCCGACCUCAAUUCUAGCACUGUGUUUGCGCUUUCAAAUUUCAUUUUUACAGUUUUUUAGAGUUUAAAAUGCGUUUUACAGACAUUUUUGUGCUCAUGCUGCCACACACCGGCACGCGAAUUAUGUCGCUUUGGUUACUCAGAGAGUUUUCAUUUUACUUUUUCUUGGGUGUCAUCACUGUCUCACUCUCAACGCUGCCAUCACUCCCACUCCCUCGUCAUCCAAACCCAACAGAACCCUCCCCAUCCAAAUAAUCAAAAGGGGGAAAAAGAAAGAAAAUCCCAACAGAAUACUGUACUCUUUCUUUCUUUAAUUUGCUGCCAAUCAAACGUAACACAAAAACUACUAUAUAGUAUAUACCCAUUUUCGCCAACACGGUACUGCCUUAAGCUCCACUCAAGAAAAGUCAAGAUUUCUGCAAUGGACAUUGAUUCCAACGAAAACUCCAACUGGUUCUUCAAUUGUGGCUUGAUGGAAGACAUCUCCGCCGUCCCCGGUGGAGAUUUCAGUGCUGAGGCGCCGCCGCCGCCGGCUGCCUGUUUCAGCUGGCCAGCUCAACCCCUUAAUAGUUCUUCUUACGGAAGUGCGGAAGCUGACUGCUCUUUUGGGGAUUCAGAAGGCCAGAAGGAAGGUGCCUCCCGAAAAAGGUCAAAGUCUGGAUCAUGCAAUGCAUCUGGCUCUAAAGCAUGUCGAGAAAAACUACGGAGGGAUAAGUUGACCGAGAGGUUCCUGGAAUUGGGCUCUGUCCUGGAGCCCGAAAGGCCGCCAAAAACAGACAAGGCUGCUAUUCUGAGUGAUGCUGUUCGAAUAGUGACUCAGCUGCGAAGUGAAGCCCAGAAGCUAAGGGAGUCAAAUGAGGAAAUCCAAGAGAGGAUCAAAGAAUUGAAGGCUGAGAAGAAUGAGCUUCGCAUUGAGAAGCAGAGGUUGAAGGAAGAAAAGGAGAAGGUGGAGCAACAAGUUAAAGCCAUGACUGCACAACCAGGCUUCCUGCCUCAUCCCUCUGCCGCCAUGCCAGCUGGAUAUGGUGCUCAAGGGCAAGCUGCUGAUAACAAGUUGAUGCCUUUCAUCAGUUACCCUGGCGUUGCCAUGUGGCAAUUCAUACCGCCCUCUGUACGCGACACUUCUCAGGAUCAUGUGCUCCGUCCUCCAGUUGCUUAAGUGGGAGUAGGAAAUGGUUGGUGCACUUUUCCUAUGCCACAAGAUUGUUUAUUUGUUGCAUUGUCUCUGUAUUGGGUUUCUUGAAGAUGGGAAAACUUGAUUAGCUGAAAAAUCGAUGUUUAGGAACUGAUACGCAUUUGUGUGCUGUUGAUUUCAUGUAACAUACGUGACGUUUCUGUUCUAAGUGCUUGGAAAAACCAA